UUCAUUCAGGUUAUGGAAAUUCUUUCAUUUAAAAAAGUUUAAGUUUUAAACCAGAAACUGGAAAAAUUGUAGUAGUUUUUAGUGGCAUUAUAAGUGAAAAAAAUUAAUUAACAAUGGCUUACCCGAAAAAUACAGACACCUGUCUGGAUAGCUCCCCCGGAUACUUCCAUCGGCAGAGGGAGUCACGCUCCCCCCACCGCCUACCCAGAAGGCCACGAAAGGUGCGAGACGUAAGUGCCGAAAAGAAUAUCAGGGCAGAGCACCGGCAGCGGGAAGGGGAUCUCUUGGGAUCGAAGGCAGUGGCCUGCGAGGGGCUGCGGUACGAGGCUACACGGGCGCGGAGUCCGAGUCGGAGGAAUGCGGAGGCCAGGAACACUUUGCGGCUGAGUACCACCAUACAGGAGAUCCGUCGAAGAUUCCGCCAGAAGCUAGACGAGGAAGAAGAGAUCCGAUAUCAAAGGAUAAUCGAAGCGGAGGAAGAGGAAGCGAGGAGCAUGAGCGCGAGACCGGACGAGAACGGUGUGGUCGCCCUGCUGGACGUGCGAUCCAUAAAGGAGUCGAAGGGGCAGAUUCCAGUGUCGUUCGAUUGUCCGCUCAUGACCGAUGACGUCCCCGUGAUUACUAUAUCCUCGACGACUCUCGCCCGGGUCAUUGGCCCCCUGCCGAUUCCUCCCGAUUUCUCGGUGGCCGCUCGCCUAAAUCUGGAGAAGAAGCUGCUGAGGGUGAACGCGAGGCUGGCGUUCUCCGCGUUUGGGGACCUGGUGGAUCGGAUCAACGAUCGUGCCAUACCGCGGACGGAGGAUAUGCAACUGUUCUUCCGCUUCGCCGACGUCCUGCAGUUCCAGAUGUAUCUGUGCCACCGGCCAAAGAAGCACCGCUACUUUGUCCUCUGCUAUGUCCUCAAGGACCGGCAGGACUUCAUGGCCCACGUCACGGUGCCCUGCCCCCUGUUCCGGGAGUUCGUUUACUGCUACCCCCAGACGAUGGGCAACAUCCACUACGUGGAGGAUAUGUUCCAGCUGACGCCCGUGCCCCCCCAACUCUCCUACUGGCUAAAGGUCAUUUCGAACCUGAUCACCGGCCGCUUCCUCAACGAUCGUUUUGGGGAGCUGACCUACAUGCUCUGUCAGCCAGAGGAGCCGCUGUUGGCUCUCACCAGACUACCAGGUGACUGACAAAUUUAACGUUCAAAAUUUGUAGAAUGUAGAAAUUUAACAGACAUUCUUUGAUGAGAAUAAAAGCUUGAACAGAAAACGUU